AUGCGUUGGCUGAGUGUUGCGGUUUAUCUGUUGAUAGCAUUGGCUAGUGUGACACUGGCACAAUAUGGAAUGUUUCCGCUGCACACCUCAAGUGCUGUUCUUGGAAAUGUACUGGAAGGCAACAAUAAUGUUGAAGUUCCAUUCGCUCCACCACGAGUGCCAGCAUCUCGACAGUCCUUAGGCUAUAGACCACCACCGCCACCUCUACGACGUUCAGCAUUCAGUGAAGGAAAGUGUGAAUUUGAUGAAUCCAAGUGGUCCAUAGAGCCACAGUCAGCGAUUGCCAAUGCGGUGAUGUUCGAUCGUACGACGGGUUUAUCAUGUGAAGAAUGCCUCGCAAAAUGCUCAAAUUUACAAUCAAUUGGUACUCAGUGGGUUUGUCGGACACUCACCUACGAUAAUCGAUGGAAAAUUUGUGAUCUGUUCGCGAUCAAUGGUACCAACUAUCCACACUUCUUGACCGAAUACCCUGGACGAGAUUAUUUCGUAUUCAAAGACGCUCGCACACCAACUGAUGAUGAAGUAAGUGGAAAAACCGAAGAGAAUAUUCGUGGUAAUGCGGAACCUGAAGAAUUUGGACCGAGAAUCUUCGGCGCACCUUCCGGGGCCAGUGAGCGGGUGGUUGUUGAGACGAAAUCCGCGUACGACGUCACAGAUCUGGCGUCUCUUGGCGUGACAGAAGACGAGGGUUUAAUCGACAAUUUGGAUUCGAUCGCUGCGGGAGAAUCGCUUGAAGUGAACGAUGAAACGAAUUCUGAAACGAGCGACGAUAUCGUUACGAAAAUUGCUGAAUCGUUCGAGUCAGUCGCUGAAACAGAAUUACCGCUGAACAACUCAUCGAAUCCGCUCGAGAUCAAUGAGUCCUCUGCGAAAGCUUCAAAAGUUUCUGGUUCAGCUUCACCCAAAAAAUCCAUAAAAUCAACGACGCGAAAAAUAUCGAAAGUGUCCAAAUCCUCAUCAAAACAAUCCAAGUCGAAGGCAGAUAAAUCGUCGUUGAUCGAGCCAGCAAUUCACAAACAAUACGGUUCAAAGAGCAAAAAGAUCACGAAGUCAAACGUGUCGGACGACAAAAUUGAGAAGCUUAUUUCUAUGGGAAUUGGCAGAAUAGGCGCCAGUUCAUGCGAUGAGAAUGCCGUGACUCGAUAUGCAGUAUUCAACGAUAAGGAACGCAUCAUUCCGGGUGUCGAAACACAACUAACUGAGAGUGCCACUGUUGAAGAGUGUGCUCAGUCGUGCGAUGAAAAUGAACUCAUUGCGUGGUAUGAUAGCAAAUACAUUGCAUUCAGUUAA